AAUGGAUAUGUAUUGGUAUAAAAAGGGUGGGUCGUUUCAAAUGAUUCCAAAGAGAUGGCGUCUCACUGCUACACAGCAAACUUGUUCUUUUCUUCAUCAUCCAUUCUUGGUAACCAUAGACUCACUCACUUUGGCAUUCCCUUAGCUUACCGGACUUUCAGUCACGAUGCAAAGAUUAAUAGGCGGCUUUCUUUAUCUUGUUCUGCCCUGCCGUUCGACCUUUCUCCUCCUCCCAUCGACCAUGACCUCCUCGAUACUAUGACAGUUGCCGGGGCAAAGGUAUCAGAAGAUGGGGUAAUAGCAACAUUCGAUAAUGACGACGAGGCAUUAGAUGCUGCCGAGAAUGGCGUCGCGGUUGUGGAUCUUUCACACUACGGUAGGAUAAGAGUUAGUGGAGAAGACAGGGUUCAGUUUCUUCACAACCAAAGUACAGCUAACUUUGAAAUUCUUCAGGAAGGGCAGGGAUGUGACACUGUUUUUGUGACACCAACUGCUAGAACCAUCGAUAUUGCCCACGCCUGGAUUAUGAAAACGGCAAUCACAUUGGUGGUCUCUCCAAUGACCAGGGAAAGAAUAACUGAUAUGCUUAAGAAGUACAUAUUCUUUGCAGACAAAGUUGAAAUUCAAGAUAUUACCGAGAAAACGUCCUUGUUCGUAUUUGUAGGGCCUAAAAGCAACCAGAUAAUGGAAGCUCUGAAUCUUGCUGACAUAGUUGGACAACCAUAUGGAUCACAUGAGCAUUACAGUGUAAAUGGAAUGCCAAUAACUGUGGGAGUAGGAAAUAUAAUCUCUGAAGAAGGUUACUCACUACUGAUGUCUCCGGCUGCUGCUGAAACGAUCUGGAAAGGUCUUCUAGGUCAUGGCGCCAUCCCAAUGGGUUCUAAUGCAUGGGAAACUUUAAGGAUACUUCAAGGAAGACCUGCCCCUGGUAAAGAGCUGACGGAUGAGUUUAAUGUUCUGGAGGCUAAUCUGUGGAAUGCUGUUUCUCUGAAUAAAGGGUGCUAUAAGGGCCAAGAAACCAUUUCUAGGCUUGUAACUUACGAUGGCAUCAAACAGAGGCUGUGGGGAAUACGUACAUCAUCGCCUGUGGAACCUGGUAGUACUAUCUCAGUCAAUGGGAAAAAGGUUGGCAAGGUGACGAGUUUCACAACAGGUAAACGAGCAUCUCAACCCCUCGGACUUGGCUAUAUUAAGAGGAAAGCUGCUUCUGAGGGAGACACUGUAAUUAUUGGUGAUGAUGUUGAGGGUACAGUUGUGGAAGUGCCUUUUCUCGCUCGUCAAAUCCCUCCAUCAUAGAGCUCAAUAUAGGCAGCAUGAUCACUGCUCUCUGUAUCAGCAAAUGCAGCAUACGUGAUAUUGCCUCCAAAGAAGGCUUAUAUGUUUAGCACAUCGACAGUGUGACAUCUGCUAUCUAAUUUGAGAGUUUGUCCCAUUGAUGGCUCUAUUAAAACCUCCCUGGAAGACCUCGUAAAGCCAUUUGCCAGUACUCGUGAGCCAUAACCUUUUUCUUCAUUGAAGUUGUGCACAUGCUGACCCCUCAGUCCUCCUACAGAAGAAAGCAAAUCGGGGGGCUUCAGUACCUACACAUGACACUAUAGGGGUGAGUGGGGAAACGAUUCUCAUGUAACAGAUCUUUUUAGUAUUUUCACGAAUUUACCCAUCCUCUUAGCCCCCCUGAACAAUUAACGUGGUGAUUUUUUAAAAUCAUAAAGCCAACAGUUUUUAUUUUC